CUGUACUUCCUGUUCAUGACCGUGAUCUCGAUCGUAAUCGAUAGUCCCGUGUCCCCGCUGACCUCACUGGUCCCGCUCGUGUUCGUGAUCGCGGUGACGUCCGCCAAGCAGGGCUACGAAGACUUUCUACGCCACCUCGCGGACAACGUGGUAAACUUUGCGCCCGUCACGGUGAUCCGCCAUGGGAAUCGGUGCGAGAUCCGCUGCCAGGACAUCCGGCCGGGCGACAUCGUGGAGAUGGCGCGCGACUGCGACAUCCCGUGCGAUCUGAUACUAUUGCAGACCUCGGACGAGAACGGGCGCUGCUACGUGACGACGGCGAACCUGGACGGGGAAACGAACCUGAAGACGAUGAGUGUCCCGAAGGGGGUGCCCGAUGUGCCGGCCGACCGGCUCCACACGAUCGGGCGCAUCGUGUACGAGCCGUCCAAUACGAACCUGUACUGCUUCAACGGGCGCAUCGAGCUGGCCGACAGUUACGUGGCCGACGGGCACCAAAGUGUGCUGCCACUGAUGGCGGAGAAUCUGGUGCUGCGUGGCUCGCGGAUCAAGAACACCGAGUGGGCGCUCGGUUGCGCCGUCUACACCGGCCAGAAGACGAAGCUGGCGAUGAACAGCAAGCUGACGACGAACAAGAUGAGCUCGAGCGAGCGGUUCAUCAACAAGUAUCUGGUGUUCUUUCUCGUCCUGCUCGUCGCGAUCGUGACGGUGAGCUACUUCCUGAAGCGAUACAACGACCGGUACCACGCGGAGCACAACCUGUACCUGGGCGAGAUGCAGUCCAACUACCGGGUGUCCCAGUUUCUGCAGGACUUCUUCUCGUUCCUGAUCCUGUUCAACUAUCUCAUCCCGAUCUCGCUGUACGUGACGAUCGAGAUGUCCAAGUUUCUCGGCGGGUUCUACAUCGAGUGGGACCUCGACCUGUACGACGAGGAAACGGACCAGCCGUGCAUCGUCAACACGUCCGACAUCAACGAGGAGCUCGGCCAGGUGUCGAUACUGUUCUCCGACAAAACGGGCACACUGACCAAGAACGUGAUGAUCUUUCAGCAGUGCUCGAUCAAUGGGCGCGUGUACGAGCAGCUCGGCCGACGCUUGUGUGCGUCCGGCCGAGGCCCUGGGCUGAAAAUUAACGAGCUACCGAGCCAGGUUUUCGACUUCUACCAAGCGAUGGCCGUUUGCCACACAGUGCAAGUGGCGGGCAGCUACACAGACGAGCCGGACACGUCACGGACAAUGGAGACGGCGGUGCAGGCUACGUCGAACGGGCUACCAACGGAUGGGACCGUCGAUUCACCUGGCCCAAAAUCGGGCCGGCCACGGAGACCGGCUGCUACAGUGCGGCGUAUGUCGUUCUUUACGCUCGAGGACUGCGACAGUGACACACCGGAAGACACGGUCGAUAACAUUGCACAGUUCGGACCGGGCGCUAGACGGGUACUCGAGCGCCAAAAUCGAUUCUUCCCGGGCGACUUGCUGGAACCUGGUGGUGGCAGGCCGAAGGAUUUGCGUCCGGCGACUAUUGCUGGGACCGAAUUUGAAAUACCGUUCUCAAGGCUGCACAACGGUGGCAGCAGCAGCAGCAGCGAUCUGCGAGCGGCGGCGGAACUGAACCGCCUGGAGCUGAAGCGCGCGACUUCGGCGUACGACGAGAAGGUGCCGCGCGCUAGUCCGGCUCUUGGGCACCGUCGGAGCCGGUCGUCCGUUUCGGUGGACGCCCACCGUUGGAAGGCGACGGAACCACAGCUCUUCCGGAACUUCGUUACGCUGCGCCGCCAGCGGUCGUCGGCGCGCGAAUCGUACGCGGCCCCGGUGUACACCGAGAGCAGCCGUCUGCAGCGGCAGGAGUCGCAGCGGAAGCAGGCGGAGGUGGACAGCUUCAUUGGGCGGAUGGACUAUCAGGCGUCCAGCCCGGACGAGAAGGCGCUGGUCGAAGCGUGCGCCCGGAUGGGCAUCGUGUACACCGGGGACGAUGGCGAUCGGAUGAACCUGAGGCUGCGCGCCUCGUGCGUCCAGCGGAACGUGAUGUCCCGCCUCGGCAUGCCGUCCGUGGAGGAGCGCGUCCAGUUCGAGCGGCUGCGUGUGCUGGAGUUUACCUCCGAUCGCAAGCGCAUGAGUGUGAUCGUGCGCGACCAGCACGGCCAGAUCUGGCUGUACACGAAGGGUGCCGAAAGCCACGUGCUCCCACUGUGCCGGCCGUCGCCGCUGAUUGCAACGACCCAGCAGCACAUCAAUGAGUUCGCGAAGCUGGGGUUGCGCACCCUGGCCAUUACCCGGCGCCGGCUGACGGCCGCCGAGUACCGGCAGUUCAACGAGGAGCUGAUCGAGGCGAGCAGCUCGCUGGUCGACCGCCAGGCCAAGAUCGAGGAGUGCCAGCGGAAGAUCGAGACGGACCUGGAGCUGCUCGGUGCGACCGCGGUCGAGGAUGCGCUGCAGGACUACGUGCGCGAUACGCUCAUUUCGCUCGGUAAAGCCGGCAUCAAGGUGUGGGUGCUGACGGGUGACAAGGUCGAGACGGCGUACAACAUUGCGCUCAGCUGUGGCCACAUCCCGGAGGACUCGCUGCGGUACUUCAUCACGGACUGCAAAACGACGGACGACAUCCAGCAACACCUGGACACGCUGGCGCUGGAGAUGUACCGGCAUCCGGGCCGGGCGUUCGCGCUGCUCAUCGAUGGCACCAGUCUGGCGCUGGCCCUGUCGCUCGACUCGGCGAAGGAGUCGUUCCGGGACAUUAGCUACCGGUGCCACGCCGUGCUGUGCUGUCGGUUGAGCCCACUGCAGAAGAGCGAGGUGGUGGCGCUGAUGAAGACGGCCGAAGGAUCGCCGGUCACGGCGGCCAUUGGGGACGGGGCGAACGAUGUGUCGAUGAUCCAGGAGGCGCACGUCGGGCUCGGCAUCGUGGGCCGCGAAGGUCGCCAGGCGGCCCGGUGCGCGGACUAUGCGUUCGCCAACUUCCACAUGCUCGAGAAGCUGCUGCUCGUGCACGGCCACUACUCCAGCGUGCGGCUGUCGAUACUCGUGAUGUACUUUUUCUACAAAAACCUCGUCUUCAUGGGCAUCCAGCUGUUCUUCCAGAUACACAGCCUGUUCUCCAACCAGUCGGUGUACGAUUCGAUCUACCUGACGCUGUACAACGUCAUCUACACCGCCAUACCGGUGCUGGUGCUUGCGCUCACGGAGAAACCGCACGACGAGGCGACGCUCCUGAAAAACCCACACCUGUACCAGGAGGUGGCCCGCAAUCGGCAGUACGCUUGGAAGUACUUCAUCGGGUGGAUGCUACUGGGCAUUUACCACUCCACGGUCAUCUACUUCUUCGUGUACGCCGUUUGGACCAUCAACCCGGCGAUUUACGCGAGCUGGCCCCCAACCUCAAGCUUCGCGUGCUACGGUACGGUGCUAAUGCACGCCCUGGUGGUACUGGUGAACCUGAAGCUGCUCCUCGAGGCCAUCUUCAAGACGGCAAUCUUCAUCGCCAGCAUCCUGCUGUCGAUAUUCGCCUUCAUGGCGUCCACUUUCGUCUACAAUCUCCUGCACAUCAACUACGACGGUUCGAUGCUCCACGUCUACAACAACCUACUGUCGUCGAUGACGUUCUGGGUGCUGAGCAUUAUCAUACUGGUCGCGGCCUUCCUACCGGACAUGACGAUGUUGGCUUGCAAAGCGAUCGACAUCAAGAUUGGGCACAUUUUCCCGGGCGGUGCCAAGUAUCGGCGGGCCCUGUUUCAGCGCCGCAGCAACCGGAUGGAGAGCACGGUCCUGUGAGUCUGCGGUUCUGUUGGCGUUUUUACACGGCACGACCCACUUAACUACCGAUCAACUUAAACUACACCCCCGCCCCGGUCCUGCCGGUAGAAGACAGCCUUAGCGACGGGGACGAUCCGGAACCGAGUCAGCUCCGAGAUACCACGAUACGCAGUAUGAUGUUCCUUACAACCUGCCUGCCUGCCCAAUCAACUUCGACUGAACUUAGAAGCCACGUGACAAUCGAGUAAACUAUAGUUGCAUCGAGCUAGAAGAAUCGAGAUAGAAGCGUACCUAUAAGCUUAAGGAUU